AUGGCGAGUGUGUGCAGGAGGCCGAGCUGCACGCUAGAGAGGCGCGGCCUGCGGCAGGAGCUGGACCGCUGGAGACACACACUCAUUCACUGUGUAGGCUUUGAAAGCAUCUUGGAAGGCUUGUUUGGGCCGGGACUAGUCAAAGAUAUCACCCUGUUCCAAGACUGCGAGCCGGAGGAAGUGUCCGACUGGUCCUUCGACGAAAACUGUCUCUUCUGCUGCUUAAGACGUGAGAAAAUCAAGGACCACGCUGCAGAGGACGGGGGAGGCAGCCAGUCGCCGUCCGAGUGUGAAGACUUCAAGCGGGAGCUGUCUCGGAUCAGCCGGCUGGAGAGACAGGCCCAAGACUUCCUCAAUGCUGUGUUCCACCGAAAAGACCUCCCAAGUUUCUCAGACCCGCACAUUCCUCUAGUGGCUCGUGAGAUCAUGCAGCGAAUGAUCCGCCAGUUCGCUGCCGAAUAUACCUCAAAAACUACUCAGGACGACCUGCCCCUGCCCAACGGCACCAUGAAGGACCAAAGCCUACCGCUAGCGGCGUCCCUGGCCCUGGGCUCCUGCUCCCCGCCCGGGGCCCUGCCGGCGCCGAGCUCCCCUCCAUCGUCUGCCUCCUCCUCCCCAUCUCCGACCCCAGGGCCAGGCCUCAGCCCCUCCUCCGCUAACGCCGCUAACGCCGCCGCCGCUGCUGCCGCCUCAGCAGCUACCUGCACCCAGAGCAGCAACGGCACGGGAGCCACUAACGGCGGAGGAGGAGGAGGAGGAGCUACGACGGCUGCUGCCUCUGCACAGAACCCCGUCCUCAGCAAGCUUCUCAUGGCCGACCAGGACGGCCCGCUGGACCUCACGGUGAAGAAGAACCAGGUCGACGCCGAGCCCAGCCAGCAGGACGGCGUCCUGGACCUUUCCACCAAGAAGAACAACGGCGCAGACGUCCACAAAACCUCGUCCGGCUUCCCGCCUGCGUCUGGGGUCAAAGGACGUUCCCUCAAAGUGGAACAUCCUCUGCCCGAGGUGGACGAGGACGACGGCCCUCUGCAGAAAAGCCUGCAGGACGGACUGAGGGAGAACUCCAGCUCCUUCAAGCCGCCGCUGGCCCGCUCACUGCGCAUCAAGGAAGAGCUCCUCAGCCAAAAGCACCGCCUGCUGAGCCAGCCCGCUGCUCUCUCAUUGGCCAAUCUAGAGGCAGCCGGCUUGCUCAGUCACGGGCAGUCCCAGUCCUUGCUUGGCCAGAAGGGCUCCUCCUCCUUCUGGGGAAGCAAGGCCCAUCUCGAGAGCCUGAUGAAGCUGAAGCAGGCCAGCGGAGCUCUGAGUGGGGCCCUCAGCGACCUCAAAGACCUGCCUACAUUCCUGGAGAAUCACCACCACAACCACCAUGGAGCCUUCUCCAUCAAGAGUUCACUCCUCCAUCACCACCACAAUCAGGUCUCCAAGGCCCAACACCACCACCAAAACGAGGGCAAGAGAGACCAGGGCCACUCGCCUCCCGUCGACCUUAAGAUCCCGCAGGUCCGGGGCAUGGAUCUCUCCUGGGACUCCCAUGCCUCCGACCUGUACGGCUACAGCAGCAUGGGCGGUGGCCAUGGGGAGAAUAGCCUGAGCCGGAAGUUGAGAGCCAUCCUGCCCAAGCAGAACCGCCGGGGAUCGAGCCUCGGAAGCCUGCUGGAUGGGGCGGCCGACUACUGGAGCUCCGACUUGGAGCACUCCAUCUCCGGACCAGCCUACUCCACCUCCGACGCGGAAGGGGACCCGAACUCCAAGCAGCCACGGAAGAAGAGGGGCCGCUAUCGCCAGUACAACACGGAGAUCCUGGAGGAGGCCAUCACGGUGGUGAUGAACGGGAAGAUGAGCGUGUCCAAGGCUCAGAACAUGUACGGCAUCCCGCACAGCACCCUCGAGUACAAGGUCAAAGAGCGCUUGGGAACCCUGAAGAACCCCCCAAAGAAGAAGCUCAAGCUCAUGAUGAAGAUGGAGGCGGGAGGCCAGGAUUUUCCCGCCGAGUCGGAGAACACGCCAACCUCAACCCCGCGAGACGACGGGCCGCCUCUGGCCGCCGCCGAGCUCAAGGACAAUGUCAAAGAAGAGAUUGAUGACAAUUUCAAACCAAUCGACUAA